AUGAACUCUAGAUUUGCAAUUGCAUCUAAUCUAGCGAGAUCUUUACGCCAUGCUGCUCAAUUGCAAUGUAGGAGGUACGCUUCUUCUAAAACAAUGACUGUCAGAGAUGCUUUGAACAGUGCUAUGGCUGAAGAAAUGGACCGUGACGAGGACGUUUUCAUUAUUGGUGAAGAAGUGGCUCAAUACAAUGGUGCUUACAAGGUUACCAAGGGCUUAUUGGACCGGUUUGGUGAAAGAAGAGUUGUUGACACUCCUAUCACUGAAAUGGGUUUUGCUGGUUUGGCAGUUGGUGCAGCCUUGAAGGGAUUGAAGCCAAUUGUUGAAUUUAUGUCUUUUAACUUCUCUAUGCAGGCGAUUGACCAGGUUGUGAACUCUGCUGCUAAGACUUACUAUAUGUCUGGUGGUACUCAAACCUGUCAAAUGGUUUUCAGAGGUCCAAAUGGUUCCGCUGUUGGUGUUGCUGCCCAGCACUCCCAAGACUACACUGCAUGGUACGGUUCUGUUCCAGGGUUGAAAGUCUUAGCUCCCUACUCUGCAGAGGAUGCUAGAGGUCUACUAAAGGCUGCUAUCAGAGAUCCUAACCCAGUUGUUUUCUUGGAGCAUGAAUUAUUAUACGGAGAAUCUUUUGAGAUGUCCGAAGAAGCAUUAUCAACUGACUUUACCUUGCCAUACACCGCUAAAAUUGAAAGAGAAGGUGCUGAUAUUUCCAUCAUCACCUACUCCAGAAACGUUCAAUUCUCUCUAGCAGCUGCUGAGAUCUUGGACAAGCAGUACGGUAUCUCCGCUGAAGUGUUAAACUUGAGAUCUAUCAGACCUCUAGAUGUUGAUGCUAUCAUUAAGACUGUCAAGAAGACCAACCACUUGAUUACUGUUGAGUCAACAUUCCCAGCUUUCGGUGUCGGUUCCGAAAUUAUAGCGCAAAUUAUGGAAACUGAAGCCUUUGACUACUUGGACGCUCCAGUCCAAAGAGUUACUGGUGCUGAUGUCCCAACUCCAUAUGCCAAGGAAUUAGAAGACUUUGCUUUCCCAGAUCCAGACACCAUUGUCAGGGCCGCCAGAAAAGUUUUGUCUGCUGAAUAA